AUGUCUGGAUUAUCGGAGUAUAAACAUUUUUUUCCAAUAGACAGUAUUCAAAAAGUAUGUGAUCUAUUUGAAGAACAACUGCGUAGUAACAAAGAACCUGAUUUGGCUUUAUUCUCUAUCUUAGUAGGAGCUGUUGAAAAUAAUUUAACAAAUGUUAAAAACAGUGACAAAGAUGUCAAUCUAGCAUCAAAUAAAUUUGUUAAAAUGAAAUUUCCAUCAGUGGAAUGGGAUGAAGUAAAAUCGCUGUAUGAAAGAUUUGUAGCAUUAAUGCGUAGCGGCGUCGAUGCUAAACUUUUGAGCGGUGAACUAGCAACGCGCGAUUUGGUCAAAAGAGUAGCUGAUGUUGUUUGGAAUUCAUUAACUCGAAGUUAUUAUAAAGACAGAGCUCAUUUACAGUCUAUUUAUAGCUUUUUGACUGGUAAUAAGUUAGACUGUUUUGGUGUGGCUUUUGCUGUAACUGCAGGUUGUCAAGUGUUGGGGAAAAAUGAUGUUCAUCUUGCACUAUCUGAAGAUCAUGCUUGGGUAGUAUUUGGAAAGGAUGGGACAAACACUGCAGAAGUUACAUGGCAUGGUAAAGGUAAUGAGGACAAAAGAGGUAGAUCAGUAGGAGAAGGUGUGCUGGCACGUUCAUGGCUAUAUGUAGCGGGCAAACCAGUCAUAUGUACAAGAAUAAUGGAACUAGCUGCAUUAGUUUCUUCUAUUAAUCCAACUUUAACUCCAACUAUUGAUGUUCAUGAAGUGGCACAAAUGCAACACAAGCUACUUUGGCUACUGUAUGAAAAAGGACAUCUGGAUACCUACCCUAUGGCUUUGGGUAAUCUUGGCGAUUUAGAUGAGUAUAUGAAAAUUUCCAAUUGCUCAGAAGAACCUGAAAGUUCUAUAACAAAAGAUGGUAUUAUGAAUUCAAAACCUGUUAAUACACCGAGGCCAGAUUCUGCUGCUUUGUAUGUACAAGCAAUUCGAUCUGCCAGAACUCAUUAUGAAGAUCGUCAUGUAUAUCCAUAUACAUUCCAAGGAGGUUACUAUCAUAGACAUAAAAUGUACAAAGAAGCAUUUCAUGCUUGGGCAUGUGCUGGUGAUGUUAUAAGGCAUUACAACUAUUCUAGAGAUGAUGAAGAGAUAUAUAAAGAGUUUUCUGAAAUUGCUAAUGAGCUAAUACCUCAACUGAUGAAGGCUGAAAGUUCAGGACAUUCUGCAAGAUCAAUUUUAAAGGACCCUGAAUGUUUUGCAUCUCUUUUAAGAUUUUAUGAUGGAAUUUGCAAAUGGGAAGAAGGCAGUCAAACUCCUAUUUUACACAUAGGAUGGGCCAAGCCUCUUGUAAGUACAAUAUCUAAGUUUGAUGCUGAGGUUAGGGCACAAGUUAAUAUCAUUUGCAGUCCUGAUAACGGUGAAUCAGCUGAUGAAUCGCAAAAAUCUGACAAUACAGCUGCUAAUGAUGACAAAGAGCAAGAUAAUGACAGAUGGAAUAAUAAUUCUGAAAACACGGAAAUGUCGGUACGAGAACAAUUGACGGCCGCAGUGAAUAGUCGGCCAAGAGUUACUCUGUACAGUCACAAAAUGGCGGCAUUGAAACCGUUGCUUUUAGCUGAACGGUUAAAUACGCAUGCGUUGCAAUUGCAAUUGACGGCGCAGAGUCAACUGCAGAGACCGCAGCCUCCUGCAAAGAGGCGAGAUGACGAAGAGCACAACCCUUCAGCGCCCACGGCAAGGGCUAAGCGAGCUCGACGUGAACGU